CAGAUACACGUACGUCUACAUACGAACAUCCUGCGGAGUCACCGACGAAGCUAAACCGGCUACAAAAUGCGUCUCUUCGUUGCCAUCUCUAUUCUAUGCCUCCUGGCAUUUGUCAUGAUCGGUGAUGUGAGAGGCAGCGCAGAGAGCUACUCGUUUGUCUCGCGUCAUCCUUACGCCUACGUGCAUCAGGGGAAUCCUCGUAGAUUCCACGGCUUUUUCCCGGGAUCAGGCGGUCAUCCCUACGGAGGUAGUCGCUACGGAGGUGGUCGCUACGGAGGUGGUCGCUACGGAGGUGGUCGCUACGGAGGUGGUCGCUACGGAGGUGGUCCCUAUGGAGGUGGUCCCUAUGGAGGUCGCCCGUACAGAGAUGGACCAGGACCAGAUUAUUUCUGAAAAGUCCGGCGCGACGCUAGUUGUCUGUCACGUAGUAAUUUAUGCAGCAAUCCAACGUGGUUAGAUUUACGAUUACUUUGAUACGAUAUCGGCGAAGAGCGAUAGUUUACUGACAUGUCGCAGUUCGCUCGACCGUAACACGUCUUAAUUCUGGCACUUGUCGUUGUUCUCGUUUGAACAUAGUGUUUAGUAUAUUUAUAUUAUGUCAGUGUAAUAAAAACUAUAAAACAUA